CCCACAAAGCCAGUCGCAAAGAACUUUAUCACUUUAAAAAACCUAAAGCACAACUCAACCAAGACUUCCAGGAGUUCUUAAUUACCAGACUACUUCUGCUGUGUAAUAAAGCCGAAUUCUUGCACACUCCUCUCGAACAAGAACAAGUCCCUAAAGAAGCCGAACAGUGUAGUCAAUCCAUUUAUCACCAUUUCCAGACACCUAUGCUCUGGAAUAUGAUAUGGAAGAAAGCCAAGACUUCUACUCCUACCCCAUCACCCACAACCAAAAACACGAAACCAUUACUAAAUUAG